GAAACAAAACAAGUAAUCAACUUAUCCCCCUUUCACAUAACACCUCCUCUUCUUCUUCUUCUUCUUUCAAACUAAAAAAAACUUCCUUCCAAAAUGGCUUCUAAACUCUGUGACUCAUGCAAAUCCGCCACCGCAACUCUCUACUGCCGCCCUGACUCCGCCUUCCUCUGCGGCGCUUGUGACUCCAAAGUCCACGCCGCUAACAAACUCGCCUCCCGUCAUCCUCGCGUCACUCUCUGUGAAGUCUGCGAACAAGCACCUGCACAUGUCACGUGUAAAGCCGAUGCAGCUUCUCUUUGCAUCACCUGUGACCGUGACAUCCACACUGCUAAUCCUCUCGCCGCACGUCACGAGCGUGUUCCCGUUACUCCGUUCUUCGAAUCCAACACUUCUCACUCUGUUAAAUCGCUUAACAACAACAAUAACAACUACGAUGCUGUUAAAGAUGAAGCUGAAGCUGCUUCGUGGUUGAUCUCUGAUCCGAAAGCAGAUCUCAACUCAUCUCCUUAUCUUUUCUCUGAUUCCGAAGCUAUUCCGUUUAUGGAUCUUGAUUACGGUGUAAUUGAACAUAAAAACGACGGUGUUGUUCCCGUUCACGGUAACUUCGAUCCUUUUGUUUCUGCUUACAAGAACAACAACGUGCACUUGCAUACAGAGUUAGAAACACCGUCACAGUCGCAGAUUAGUCAGAGUGUUUCAUCUUCCUCGAUGGACGUUGGAGUUGUUCCUGACGCGAACACCGUGCCGGAGAUAUCAAACUGUGGUUACGGGACGGUGGCGGUGGAUCGUGAAGCUAGGGUUAUGAGGUACAGGGAGAAGAGGAAGAAUCGAAGAUUCGAGAAGACAAUUCGUUAUGCUUCUCGUAAAGCUUAUGCGGAAACUAGGCCUAGGAUUAAAGGGAGGUUUGCGAAACGCACUGAUGCAGUUGAUUCCAUUUCUGGAUACGGCGUCGUUCCCACUUGUUGAUUUAUUUUUUGCUCUUGUUGAUUUUGUUGCUUCCUAUCUUCCCGCUGCAUUUUCUUUCAUGAUGUAUAUAACUUUUUGCUUGUUUAAUUAUGUAAUGUAAAGUUGCAAACUGACCUUGCUUGCCAAACGAUUGAUUUUCUAUGCCUUUUGGGGUGAAAUUUGCAUGUUGAUUAACGUA